CAAACACACUACCGAGGCAGGAGGCAUUGUAGUGACUUAUUACGCUCCAGAGCAGCAGCACCGCUUCUGAGGAUGCGGUGACAGCAGCAGCAACAUUUAUAUUCUUAAAAGAGAGAUCUGUGUGUAUCUGUGCUGUUUGGAUAUCCGAUAGUUGAUCUGAGCGCUUUACGCCUCCUUCUGUUUGAUGAAAGCACCCUCAUUGUCAACCUGCUGGAGGCCUUAAAGUGAAGCAGCACCCGGCUUUAUGAAUGGGGAUGCUCGGUUCCUAGACUGACUGCAAUUGAGGAGCAACAAUAAUCCCUCUAAAGUGUCCAACAAGGAGGAUACGCAAGAUUUGGAGGAUCUUUUGCAGCCUGACUGCAUCUUGGACUAUCUUUGUGCAAAAAGAACGCUGCCAUCAAGCCGCCAUGCCUAUCCUAAAACAGCUUGUCUCGGGCUCCUCCCAGACCAAGCGUCGCUCUCGCAUGGACCUGACCCGGGAGAUGAUCAGCGCUCCUCUGGGCGACUUCCGUCACAUGCAUGUUGGCCGUAGUGGGGAUGCAUUCGGCGAUACCUCCUUUCUCAGCAGCCGCUCAGGAGAACCUCCCCCUGAGUCCACAUCCUACCCAAGCUCUCCUCGACCGGGCCUCCUGUCUCGCACCUUCAGGAGCAGCAAGCGCUCACAGUCGGUGACCAGAGUGGACCAGCAGAGUAACAACUCCCUGGAUCCUGGUGAGUCACCCACAUAUGUGAAGAAUGCCAUGUCUCUGCCCUUCCUCUAUGAUGACAGAUGUGGACAGUGGUUGUCAAAGAGUUUGUCUUCUAGUCCGUUGAAGCAGCCUGGUGAGAUGGAUGGCAGAGGUGCAGCUUCAGCUUCAGCCAUUCAAUUUCUAGAGCAGGAAGAGCGAAAUUUUGGUGAACUCACAGAGCUCCCGGACACAUCCCACCACUAUGGAGGCGGAAUGAAGCGAGCAGAUUCAGUCAUGUCUUUCCAUGUAGAUCUGGGACCCUCAAUGCUGGGUGACAUCUUAGGGGUGAUGGAGAAGGAGGAGGAUGAUCUCGGCUAUGAAGAGGGCAAGAGCAGCGAGGGCCGGGCCUCACCACCCCUCAGCACACACGGCGAAGAGGAGGAGGAAGGGAGGAGGAGGAGGGAGGAAGAGGAGGAGGAGGAGGACAGCAUGGAAAGAGGGAAAGAGGAGCAUACAGAGGAGCAGAUGGAGGCAGAGGUAGAGAUAGAAGCUGUAGUGCUGCAGGAGGACACAAUUCAAUCAGCCAGCUCUAUUAAUCUUGGGCCUGAGAACGGAGGGCCCUACACCCCUGAGUACAACCCUGAGACUAGGCCCAAACACUUGCAGCACCUGGACAGCUGCUCCAUGUCUAGCUCUGGCUCUGCUGCCCUGGAUGAGAAACUUAGCAGCCAAACUUAUGCGGGAGACACAGACAGCGCCACCUUCAGUGCCCCACCAGAAGAGGAGAGCAACUUCUCAUCUUUCUUAGAGGAUGAUGACGAUGAGAUCCGCGUAUGAGAUUCUAAAGCCCUCUGAAAAAAAACAAACACAGAGCUCCAGGAAGGGGGUUUAUGUUGAACUGGCAAGUCCUUGACAGUGGGGAUUUGCACUUGAACAGAAAUAAGACACUGCUGGUGGGUGCUGUGGGACUGGAAAUGCGAAGAAGACAGAGGACUCCCACUUUCUGUAGGGAGAGAGUGACUGCUCUUGUCGGAAGGGCCCAAACUCCAUCUGUCAGAGUCUUACCCUCCAUUUCUGUUCGUCUGUCAAUCCGUCUCUUGAUUUUUGAACACUGAGGGAACUGACGUGGAGUAACAGACACUUUUUGAGUCUGGAACAUUCCAAAAGAAAGUAGCAAGGUCUGUUUAGACUGAAACUUGAGGAGGAAAAACACUUUUCCACAGCAAAAGCUCAGUUCACACUUUCUUUCUGUCUCUCUUACUUUGUGUGUCACAUGUGCUUUUUUCAUUACGUUCCCCUCCCCUCUCUUUGCUUGUGCUCACCCUCCCUGCCUCUGAGACAUCAAGACGCUUAAGCUGAGCAGACUAGGCCUCUGUCACCACAGGAUCACUGGUAGGUAUCUUGUCAACAAAAGAGGCCUGUUUGACACUGGAGUGUGAAGCCUUGCCUGAGCCUCUGUUAUCUGAAAACCUUACAGCAAAGUGCCAUAGAUCUAUCAGAGUUCUCUCCCAUAUGUAACUCAGGGUCCUUGUGACACCGCCUCAAGUCUGCCAUUUCCUGCUUGUAAAGCUGGACCACAAAGCCAAAACCCAAAAUUCUGUUCUGUUUUGAGUCCCUUCUUGAGGCAACCACAGGCUGAGCCUCAGUGUAAAUUUGAGAGAAGCUGGGUUUUAAAGCUAGCGGAGACACCAUUAGCCUGCAUUUACUGAAAAGCAUGGUGUACUACAGGAAACCAGAGCAGAUAGGAGUAGCUUGCGACACUGUACUCUGGUUUUGUUGCCGUUUUUCCCCAGGAAAGAGAUUCUUAUUUCAUCCAUGACGGUUGCGACUCUGAUUUGACAGAUUUUUGUGCACUGACGUGAAUCCGCCUUCUUUCUUCUUCUGAUCUGUCAUUCGUGCUGAAACUGAAGUACAUUUGAUAACCACUUCCUUCCUUGUUUUGUACAUCCGAGCAGUUGCAGCGCUGCAACUGAUCUGUAUAAAAAAUGUUGAUCCUCAUUAGUGCAGAGGUUGCCUUAAUGCAUCAAACAGAUCCCACCACUACUCAUGAAGAGGGCUUAAGGGUGUGUGUUAUUGAAAAAUGAGUGCACCAGCAGGCACAAUUAAACCAGACACUACUGGUAUUUGCUGUUUAAUACCUGUUGUUUUUAUCUUUGGAAGAAAAAAAAAUCUUUGCUAUGUUUGCAGUAUGUCUAUUUGAAGAGUGGAUGAAAAGGAAAGACGCAGCCAGCAUUAGAUGCAAGAGCAUUGAGAAAACCUAUUUUUAUGCAAGUUGCAUAGUCAUUGCAGCUCCACUGUAUCUCUUGCAUCAUUAAAAAAAAACCAUGGCCAGAAGUAUCGAGGCUUAGUUGCUCUGAUUGAUUUCACUGCCUUAACUGACGCUGACAAGAUGUGCCAAAUCAUAAUUUUCUAGCCAAAAAUAGUUUUAGUUUGUGAUGCUGACUUUUGGAGAGCCUGUCAAAUCUGUCUGUCACUUCCUCUUCUGUAAGGGUAAUCACUGUUGAAUUUGAGUUGCAGCUUGUAGGUUAAAAAAGAAAACUAAAUACUGUUCUGAGAUGUGAUACAAUGCAGCAAAAAAGUAAAAAGGAUGAAUUUGCAUAACUGGAUAUUUAUGUUUUCCAAUCACUGAAACACUACAUAAUAUAUUCAGGUAAUUUCUAGUGUGCGAAUGGGAAGCUGUCUUUGUGUAUAAUGUCAAAUAUUAUGCCUUACCGUUAUUCUUCCUGUCUUUAUUUCUGUAUUACCUAAAAUAACCUAUAUUUUUCAAUAAAAUAAAUCUUGAACAUC